AUACCGGAGAAACCAACUCGUCUCAAAGAAAUAAUUAGUGUCAGGUAACUCCAAAAAAAAGAAAAAGAAAAAAAAAGCAAGUAUUAGCGCGUGGGCCUGGACUCCGAGUUCGGCCUAUAAAUGCACCCCAAAAUCACUGCCCAGAGUUUUCAAGCCCUAACCCUACAACGCCGGAGGAACAUUGAGUUCCAAUUUCCUCUCUCAGUCUUCCUUCUCUAGAAUCUUCCAACCUUGUGGUCUUUCCAUACAACUCGCCCAACUCACUGAGUAGAACGAGUCAUGGAAUCCAAACCCGGCCACAACACUAUCAAACUCCUCUGUAGCUACGGCGGCAAGAUCCUCCCUCGCGCCACUGACGGUGAACUCCGUUACGUCGGCGGCCACACCAGAGUACUCACCGUCGAUCGUUCCGUUUCCUUUUCAGAAUUGAUGGUGAAACUUGGUGAAUUGAGCGGUUCGUCUGUGACCUUGAGGUGUCAGUUACCCAAGGGAGACUUGGAGACCUUGAUCUCCGUCACCAGCGACGCAGAUUUGGCCAACAUAAUCGAAGAAUACGAUCGUGCCUCGUCGAAAUUAGCUCAUCCGUUGAAGAUUAGAGCCAUUCUUUCGCCGCCGAAAUCGCUCAAGAAGGUGUCUCCUACUCCAUCGUCGGCUUCGUCCUGCGCCAGUCACUCUCCGUCCAGAUCUCCCCACACCUCCGCUGAAUCGCUGCCGUACGCGGUGGCGUAUCGCGUCGGUCGCCACCGUCGCUCACCGCCGGCGACGGUUGUGUAUCCGAUCGAUGUCCGUAAUGGCUCAGCGAAAGCUUGUUGCUACACGGGCCAGUUCAAGGGAAACUCUAGGUUCCUGUAUUGUGAACCUCACUGCAACAAUUACUGCCAUUGAAGCGAACCCGUAUAUAUAUACCCUAAAUACAAGGGGGAAAAAUUUGCAAAUACGAAGCUGACUCAAAAUAUGAUGAUGAAAAAUACAAAAGGACCCAAAGAACAUUAAAAAAAUUGGAGAGAUGAGCGGACUUUGAAAUACGAUGGUUUUACUAUUUUUUUGAUUUUGAUAAAUUUUGGGUUGUGGACUUGUGGUUGAGGUUCUUAAUUUUUAAUUGAGCCUGAAUUUCUUGUUGGACAUGGUUUCUGCCUGGGACUCUCUCUUUUUAACCGUUAGGGUUCCGUUAAACGCCAUCUGAUACGGACAAUUCUUUGUGACGUGUCAUUUGCGUGCUGCUUUUGGUGGUUUUGAUUCCGUUCACGUAAGUCAUGCGUCGUUUCUUGAGUUAAUUGUUACACCUGGCAGUCGUUCGACAUUCUUGUGACUCGAUUAUAUGAUUACUAAGCGGGUCAAUAAAAGGGAGAUGGAGACAUUGUACCUUGAGGCGUGGGAUUUGGGGAAGAGGACAAAACUUUUGAACCUUCUUGACACUUCGGAGGGCAAUGCUAAGUGGAUUAAGGAACUUGAAUUUAUUAUGAAAGAAUUAAAGAUACGUGACAUAAAUGUGGAUACCAGCUAAGAAGGAGAACGAGAACGAGAACGAGAUUACGGUAAACUUAAAAAUUGAAUUAAAAAAUAGGUUUAGUUUCAAACACUUCUCCUAUUUUCAAACACUUCUCCUAAAAAACGGAAGUUUAAUGGGAGUGGACUUCUCCUAAAAAACGGAAGUUUAAUGGGAGUGGAUUUUCUCAUGUGCUAAUUAACAUACUUAUGUGAUGUGGGGCAAUUAUAACCAUAUAUGAGUAAGUUAAUGGUGAUAAAGGAGGAGAGAAAAAAAUAUAAGGAUAAAAAAUUAUACAAUUAUUACUGUUGAUUUAAUUAUUAAUGGUUUAGGUUCUUUCAUAUGACAUAAUUAUGUUAAAUUACACACGAGAGUAUCCAUUUUUGUAUGUAACUAAUGACCAAAACGGAUAGCCGCUGGUGGAGCACGUGGG